AUGGAAAAUCAAGAAGGAAGACGGCGCACGACGGUGAAGUUCAAGUCACGCGGAUACUACCAAGGAACCAAAGAGGUCGCGCCGUUUGCAGGAGGUGACUGGAAGACCUGGCUGCAGUUCCAGCAGGAGCUCAACCGCACCUUCAUCUUCCUCUUCAUCUUCCUCGACAUGGACGACACGGACGCAGCUGCUCGCGGGAUGCAGCAGAUUAUCACUCAGCUUCUGGAGGGAAGAGACCUGGACACCUUCACGGACAGCGUGCAAGAAUUUCGCAACGAUGAGGCCACUCACUGGAGGGUGAUUGAGCAGGCGAUGGAUAGACUAACCGCCCGCUACUGCCCGAUGGGAACCCGAGAGCAACUACAUGACGAGGUCAAGGAGUUGCGCAAGACACGGAACAUGACGGUCACCGAAUACGCCAAGAAGUUUGAAGAAUUGCUGGCCCUGGAGAGAUGGAUUCUGGAUUACGAUGGAGAACGGAUGGAUGAAGCGGAGCGAUGCCGCUACUUCAGCCCGGGCAUGCCUCGUGCGUGGCAGAUGCAAGUAGAGAGCCCCAACAGGCCCGCUGGUCAGACCGGCCGCAGACGAAGGAAAGAUAUCUGCAGUGCGAACAAGUGUAACAACGAACGGAGAAAGGAGGCGUGCGCCAUGGACGAAGUCACGACGAAAAGAAGACGGACAAGAACUGGAAGAAGAAGGCCAUCAGCCACGAGAAGAAGAAAACGGAGCUGGGGAAGCGAGAACGUGACGACAAGACGGGGUGUGGGUUUUGCAAGUCGCGCGGCAAGGCGUGGAAGAAUCACGGCAACCCGGAGUCGCCGCGCUACAAACCACACUGGAACGGACAAUCGAAGAAGAACUAUAGUUUGCAAGGGAAGAAGACACCGUGGAACAACCAGGCGGCGGCGGCUGAACACGUCGAGAGUACUCAGCAAGGAGAUGCAGACCCCCUUUCGUAUUGGCACGCCCCCGCUGCGACGAACCAAGCAGCAGCAGCUCAAGUUGCCGCCGGUGCACACGGGACUGUGUUGA